CUAAGACAACAAAAGGUUACCGAGUGCAAGGUUUUUUUUGUCUUAUACUCAUCAGACUCGAUGUGAUCAUAGAACUGCCUUUAGAGAAUCCACUUCUCGUUAUUUCAAACCACCUUUCCCCUUCGAAUCGAUUCUCCGUACGCAUUCCCAUAAUUUGACACUGUCUACCAUGGGUCCCGAAGAAAAGCACGUGAGCAAGCGAGGGUGCCUUAAGUCCAAGUGGGCUCGAAUUCUCUUGGCCGUAAUCGUUUUCAUUGUCCUUUGUGCUGCUAUCAUCCCAGCUGUUGUCGUCACCACUCUGCGCAAGAAUAACAGCAUGGGUCCUCAAUCCAAAGUAUUCGUCCCACUUUACGUCUACCCUGCUCCGGGAGCGUGGACUCCGUUGGAAAAUGUGGUCGCUGCCUAUCCAGAUGUCAAUUUUACCGUCGUAAUCAACCCAGGAAACGGCCCCGGGCCAAACUCGUUGCCCGAUGCGAAUUAUACUCGUGAAGUACCUAUUCUCGCAUCGUACACAAAUGUCCGUCUUUUGGGCUAUGUCCACACUUCAUAUGCCCAGCGCAACAUAUCCUUAGUGCGCAAGGAUAUAGAGACAUAUGCCGCGUGGCCGACCAACUCGUCCAACCCGGAUUUGGCCGUUCGGGGUAUAUUUUUCGAUGAAGCACCCCAGCAAUACAGUGUCCAAUCCCUCAAUUAUUUACAGAAUCUGACGGACCUGGUCAAGGAGCUGAACGGAUUUGGCACCAAUGGCUUUGUGGUGCACAACCCUGGAGCCGUCCCAGACUCUCGUUACUUGGCAUCGGCCGAUUCAACUGUAGUCUUCGAAGGGACAUACAGUAGCUUCCAAGAGCGACAGGGAGCUAAGCUGUUCACGGCUAUUCCCGACAGCAACCGUACCCAGUUGUGCGCUGUUAUCCACUCGGUACCUGAUACCGAAGAGGGUCCUAAACUACGCAGUUUGGUGAAAGAUGCCCGUAAGGUGGUCGAUGAACUUUACAUCACCCAUCUUAGCAUCGAUUACUAUGCUAGCUUUGGGUCCAAGUGGACCGAGUUUGUUGAUCUAAUGGCAGAUUGAGGCUCACACUGUGGUGACGUUUGAACCCCCCCCUCCCCUGUAAUGAGGUAUCAUAUAUUCUGCAUUCUCAUUUUGCUUGUAUGCAAGCUAGAAUUGUUUUAAGAGAAACUGCCCUUCCAUAGGCUUUGCGAGCUAUUGCCCGCCACGAUCAAGAAAUCUCACCGCCCCUUCUCAUUAUCUUCCAAGUCUACAGAACCGAGGAUGCAGGCAAUUAGAAUCCGAGAGUGAGAGGCCAAAGCUCUAUGAAAAUCAAAC